ACCGACUACAGAUGUCCCACUCCCUUGUAAUAAGGGAAUCUCUCUGUUCCGAUCCGAUCAUGCUAAACGAAACCCACAUAAUAAAGAACACACGAAACAGACAGAGAUCACAAGCAUCGCCGAGAUCCAUCUUUCGCAGGUUCUUAAUUAUUUUUCUCUUUGGGCAGAAAGAGACGCAAACCACCUUUCUUCUUUCUGGGCGGAAGCAGAGGAGCAAGUUUCUGACGAUUUCUUUCCAUAGGGGUCGCUGUUACAUAUUAAAGUCUCAUCCUUUUUUCUCCUCUGCUUUCCCGUGUUUUCUCUUUUCCAUCUCACUCAAUUUUGUGGCUCCAGGCUUCUUCUGCUCGGAAUUCUGUGUUAACUGUACAAACGGAAGAAAUAGAAUCCAGAUUUAUAACUGAGGGCGAUGGGAAAUGGAGGCGGCGAUGGUGAAGCCCGGGAGCCAUUGGUGCAGAAGAAACUGGCCGAGAAAGAAGAGCAACUAUGGAUGGGUUAUCUCAGCACGUUUGUUGCAGUUUGUGGCUCUUUUGCGUUUGGUUCUUGUGCAGGCUACUCUUCUCCUGCUCAGGCUGCCAUAAGGGAAGAUCUUUCUCUGUCUCUAGCUGAGUUUUCACUCUUCGGCUCCUUGCUGACAUUCGGUGCGAUGAUCGGUGCCAUCAUGUGUGGGCCAAUAGCUGAUUUGGUUGGCAGAAAAGGGGCGAUGAGGGUUUCAUCUGCCUUCUGUGUUGUCGGGUGGCUUGCUAUCUUCUUUGCUAAGGGACCAGUGGCUCUGGAUAUUGGGAGACUGGCUACCGGGUAUGGAAUGGGAGCAUUCUCCUAUGUGGUACCCAUCUUCAUAGCAGAAAUUGCUCCUAAAACCUUCAGAGGGGCACUGACCACUCUGAAUCAGAUUCUGAUCUGCACUGGAGUUUCCGUUGCCUUCAUAAUCGGCACAGUACUGACAUGGAGAGUGUUAGCGCUAACAGGAAUCAUCCCAUGCGCUAUUUCCUUCAUUGGCCUCUUUUGUAUCCCUGAGUCUCCAAGGUGGCUGGCAAAGAUGGGGCGUCAUACAGAGUUUGAAGCUGCAUUGAAGAGCCUUCGUGGCAAGAAUGCUGAUAUAUCACACGAGGCAGCAGAGAUUCAGGAAUACAUAGAAACCCUGGAACGGCUACCGAAGGCCAAGAUGCUGGAUUUGUUUCAGAGGAGAUACCAACGCUCUGUUCUUAUAGGAUUCGGGUUGAUGGUGGUUCAGCAGUUUGGAGGAAUCAAUGGAAUUUGUUUCUAUGCCAGCUCCAUCUUUGAGCAAGCAGGUUUCCCCGCCACAACGGGAACAAUAAUAUACGCUGUUCUUCAGGUAGUAAUCACAGCCCUUAAUGCACCAAUAGUUGACAGAGCCGGAAGAAAGCCGCUUUUACUGGUUUCCCUCACAGGAGUAGUCAUUGGUUGUUUGCUCAUAGCGGUCUCGUUCUAUCUCAAGGUUCACGGCAUGGCACCGGAUGCAGUUCCAAUCCUCGCUGUAGUUGGGAUACUGGGUUAUAUAGGCUCCUUUUCCGCAGGAUUAGGAGCAAUGCCAUGGGUUGUCAUGUCUGAGAUCUUCCCCAUAAACAUAAAAGGCGUCGCAGGAGGCAUGGCGACACUGGUGAACUGGUUUGGCGCUUGGGCUGUGUCCUACACUUUCAACUUCCUCAUGUCUUGGAACUCCUUUGGUACGUUUAUCAUCUACGCAGCGAUCAACGUUCUCGGGAUAGUGUUCGUGAUCACCAUUGUCCCUGAAACCAAAGGGAAGACAUUGGAACAGAUCCAAGCCGCAGUCAACGGAUAGGUCAAAGGCCCGAUUUUAGUUUUUACAUAUUAUAUAUCUAGCAAAUGUAUGAUUCGCACAUUCAUUCAGGAAGGUGGGUCUGAAAUAAAAAAUAAUUAGUGGAAA